UAUAUGUCUAUAAUAUUUUCUUUAAUAGAAAAAGAAAUAACUAAAAUGAACAACAGCUUUUGUUUUAAUUUAAACACGUAUAGAUUCCAGUAUUUAUUUGUCAGAGUAGAGGUCAUGUUUGAUUAUGACACCUGAAGUAGCAGCUUUCAUCAUUCAGAUGUUGGAACUUGUGUGGAAAUGUUUUUUUUUUUUUUCCAAGUCAAAUACAUUCAGUGGACUGAGACGGAAGCUGACUAAUGGGUUGAGAGUAACAGAGGACAUGCUGAGGUUUCUGUGACGGGGGAGUCACCUGGGAGAGUGCUGCUCAGCUCCACCAUAUAAGACGGAGCAGAGCAAGAGGGGACCAUGAAACAGCUCCAGAAGCCGAGAGAGAAGAAGGGCACCAGUCAGCGCACUUUACAAUCCCUCUCUCAGACGCUCGACAGGAAGGAGCACAGAAGCUCAAACAAUGAAAAGCGCCCACUCUUUAGCUGGACUCCUGCUUCUCAUCAUCAUCCAAAGCAGCUGGCAGGUGCCAGACCAGGACACAGAUCGAAACUCCAUGUUACUUACUGAAAACUCCAUGUUGACCGAACCCAUUGAGCUCCCAUACAUGAAGAGACAUUCAGAGGGAACAUUUUCCAACGACUACAGUAAAUACCUGGAGACAAGAAGAGCUCAAGACUUUGUCCAGUGGCUAAAGAACUCAAAAAGGAACGAGAGUCUAUAUAGACGCCAUGCAGAUGGCACCUACACCAGUGACGUGAGCUCCUACCUGCAGGACCAGGCAGCCAAGGAGUUUGUGUCCUGGCUGAAGACUGGCCGAGGCAGGAGAGAGUAGACUCGACCACAGAGCCCCACCAGCUCCCUGAAUAAUGCAACAGUUCCCACCGACUCUGUGCCGUUAUAUGUGUCACAAUCUGUACUUGCCUUUUCCUUGGUCAUGCUAUUAAAUUCAAUAAGGAGCUCAGUCGGCCUUCAGUGGUUGAAGGUAAUGUUGUCAAAAUGCAAAAAGUUACUGUAUGUUUUAAAUGUGUCUCAAUCAUAAAUGCUGUGUGAUUUUUAAUUUUUUGAUCUAGCGUUCACAUUAUGAUUGUUUCUCCUUUUUUUUGGCAUUUUCAUCUUUCUUCUCACCUAAACUUGGAAUAAUAAGAUACAAUAACAUUAUUGGUCUGAAUUUCAAGUUUAAUGAUAAUGUUUUAGGCACAGGAUCCACCUGUUAAUGUCCGUCAGUAAUUGAAUAAAAGUGUCA